AUGACUACGUUGGACGCAGCUGAAAACUUCGUAAGGUCCCUGAAGCAAGCCUUACGUCGUGCUCAAGCUGGGAAGGAGGAGGAGCCUGUUGGAACGUUUCUCGCGAAAUACAGAGCUACCCCACAUGUGUCGACCGGCAAGUCACCUUGCGAGCUGCUAAACAAGAGACUCUUCAGGAUGACUCUAGACCUGGUCCGACCAUCCCGGCGCGAAAGUGGCGAUGUCGUCAUGCCACUCACACAGAACAAGUCUACCAGGAAUUUCCAAGUCAUGGAAAAGGUCUGGGUAAAGGAUCCAACUCAAAAACAUCACUGGAUCAAGGGCGUCGUCUUAGGACGCAUAGGUAAUGUUAUAUACGACGUGGACGUGGAAGGUAAGAAGCGCCGCCGUGUUCACGCCGAUCACUUGAAGAGAAGAAUCUCUGCGGACAAUGUGCCAAAUGCUGAUGUCGAGAGCACAACCCGUCCAACUGGUCGAUUAGAUCUCCCAGUGGGUCUUGCCUUCAGCUCCCGGCACCCAACUGAGAUACUUCCUCACGAUGACCUCCCUGCGUCGUCGUCCAUGGCGUCUCCUGAUCGUCGGCCCCCUGUCCCUACCAGAAGAUAUCCUGUGCGUCGUCGGAGAUCUCCCGCACGCUUCAAAUUCACAACGUUAGGAGGGAGGGAUGUAGUGGAUGACGACGACGUUACGGAAGAUGAACAACGAGCCGCGUGA